AUGCAGCACUGUUUAACUCUGCUGCUGCUAUUGACGAGCUCCCGAAUUAGCUCCCAAGAUUCCGGAGCAUUCUAUAAUGAGGAUGAUAUGCGUUUGAGUGCACAGCAGUGGAAGGCUUUAAGGAGCCAGCACAGCGCACGCAAUGCCAUGCCUUGGUCCAUAUAUUACUGGCCACAAAGCACGCUCGUUUACAGCAUUGCAAGUGGCUUCUCCAAGGCAGAACUGUCGCUAAUAGCUGCAGCAAUGGAUAAAAUAUCGGCGCAGACUUGUCUGCGCUUUCGACGCUCAGCCCAGCCUAGGGAGCCUCAGGUGGUUAUACAACGCAAGGAUGCCGGCUGCUGGUCCUAUGUCGGCUAUCUGGGAUUGAGGCAAGAGCUGAAUUUGGGCAGGAACUGCAUGUUGCUGGGCAUUGUGCAGCAUGAAUUGCUGCACGCUCUCGGCUUCCGACACAUGCACACCGAUCCGAGACGUGACAACUUUGUGCGGAUCGCUUUCGAGAACAUAAUGCCGGAGAAGCAACGCUUCUUCGUGCGAGACACUGUCCAAGGUACGGCCGAUCUGGGUGUGGACUAUGACUAUGCCAGCAUUAUGCACUAUGGUCCCUUUGCCUUUUCGAAGAACGGACAGCGCACAAUUGUGCCAUUGCAAGGCGACGUGCACAUUGGACAGAAGAACGGAUUAAGUGCCAAGGAUGUUUUAAAAUUGAGCCGCAUUUACUGCACGUGA